AUGGCUGGUUUCCACCACCAUGGAGAUCCCUACUUUCCCAAUCAGGGAAAUAACAGAUGGCUAGAGGAAUCCGACGAGGAACCUGAAGAGGAGCCUGAAGAGGACCAUGAGGAAGAGGAAGAAGAAAUUGAAGAGGAACCUGCGGAACCCGUUGUAGGCGAUGGUGAAGAAGAGUCUGGUGACGACAUCAAUGAUGAUUCGGACGCAGAGUCCAAAGUCAUCAACCCACCAUACCCAGUGAGCGCCAAGAGACUGGCCAAGAAACUGUAUGAUCAUGGCAAUAAGAAGGGUACCAAAACAGUGGAAGCGGAGGUUAAGAAGGAAGAAGAGAACAAGAUAGGGGAAAACAACAAGCGAAAAGGAAAGCAAAACACGGAAUCGUCUAAGAAGCAACAGACGGUGUCUGUCCAUGCUACAACACAAGCUACCACCACACCACAUGCUCCAGCCUCAUCCACACCAAAUGCUUCCAAACAGUACCCGGGAAAUCUCCCCAAGUGUAAUAAAUGCAACUUCCACCAUCACGGGGAGUGCAGAGAGAUGAGUUGCACAAGGUACAACCGGAAGGGCCACAUAGUGAAGUAUUGUAGGACUCAGGUUCAACAGAACCAUAUGACAAACAACAACAACAACACCAAUGCUGGAGCUAGCUAUACCUGUUACGGAUGUAGGAAAACUGGCUAUAUCAGGUGA